AUGUACUCAAACAAAAUCGAAGGACCACGUAGAGGAAGAUCUUUUGACUCCAUGAACAUUGGUUUUGAAGAGAAGCUUCUGAAUAAUGAGAUAAACAAAUCAACUUUCACAAAAAUCGAAGAAAACACUGAAAAGAAGAAUACAUCAGAGAAAGGGAGAGCAACUAUCAUCUUUUCCCUCAAGAAUGAAGUGGGGGGACUUGUAAAGGCCCUUAAACUGUUUCAAGAGAACCACGUCAACCUUGUACAUAUAGAGUCCAGAAAAUCUAAAAGACGCAACUCUGAGUUUGAGAUAUUUGUGGACUGCGACAGCAACCACGAGCAACUGAAUGAAAUUAUCCAGCUGCUGAGGAAGCAUGUGAACGUGGUGGAUAUGGAGCCUCCAGAUAACUCCUUUAAACCUGAUUAUAUCACUAAACAACCAUUUUCUCUCCUUCACUUGUCAGAAAUGUAUAAUGUACCCUGGUUCCCAAAGAAAAUUUCAGACCUGGACAAGUGCGCUAACCGUGUCCUGAUGUAUGGCUCUGAUCUGGAUGCUGAUCAUCCUGGUUUCAAGGACAACGUUUACCGGAAAAGGAGAAAGUACUUUGCAGAUCUUGCCAUGGCCUACAAACAUGGGGAUCCCAUUUCUCGCAUUGAGUUCACAGAGGAGGAAGUGAAGACCUGGGGUGUUGUGUACAGGGAGCUCAUCAAGUUGUACCCCACGCACGCGUGUCGCGAAUACUUGAAGAACCUGCCGCUGCUGUCCAAAUACUGUGAAUGUCGGGAGGACAACAUCCCCCAGUUGGAGGACGUCUCGCGCUUCCUAAGGGAACGUACUGGAUUUACCAUCAGGCCUGUGGCAGGUUAUCUGUCCCCACGUGACUUCCUUGCUGGCUUGGCCUUCCGCGUUUUCCAUUGUACCCAGUAUGUGCGUCACAGCACUGACCCCUUAUACACCCCAGAGCCGGACACGUGCCAUGAGCUGCUGGGUCACGUCCCUCUGCUUGCUGAGCCCAGCUUUGCCCAGUUCUCUCAGGAGAUCGGUCUUGCCUCACUUGGGGCCUCAGAUGAUUCUGUUCAGAAACUGGCCACAUGCUAUUUCUUCACAGUGGAGUUUGGCUUAUGCAAACAAGAAGGGCAGCUGCGAGCAUAUGGAGCAGGACUGCUAUCAUCUAUUAGUGAGCUUAAGCAUGCACUCUCUGGUAAUGCAAGGAUUAUGCCUUUUGACCCCAAAGUCACAUCCAAACAAGAAUGCAUCAUCACAACAUUUCAGGAUGUGUACUUUGUGUCAGACAGCUUUGAGGAAGCCAAAGUCAAGAUGAGGGAGUUCGCCAAGACCAUCAAGCGUCCCUUCACAGUCCGAUACAACCCUUACACCCAGAGUGUGGACGUGCUAAAAGACACUCCCAGCAUCAACAGCGUUGUGGAGGAGCUUCGACAUGAGCUUGACAUUGUGGGCGACGCCCUCAAUCGGCUCAACAAGCAGCUGGGUGUCUGAGUCCCAGUUACAGUGCACGUCUUCAACCCCCCCCCCCCCAAGCAACGCUGUACUACUGGUUGUGUAUUGUCCUUUGUUGGUGCAAUGAAUGUGUGCACUGCCUUUGGCUAACUGCUCUGUUGUCCCCACUGCAUGGUAUAUGGCAAAUACAAUAGACUGCCACUGAUAUCGGUACAUUACACAAACCCAAAGAGCUGCUUAACUGUUAUGCUUCAGGUGUGCUUGGCUUCUGCAUUACGAACAGUUAAUACGUCAUCAUGGUAUUUUAAAGCGUCCUCAGCUGUUACAUACACAGAUGUGGUUUCGUCCUCCUGUUGUUAACUCUGCUGUUGUAUCUGAUCAUGUGAUUUUUUGUUUUUAAUGAAUCUAAUCCAUUUAAUCUUCCUCACUCCAGUGAUAUGUAUAACAUGUUUGUUAUCUUUUGGUGUACAUGUAUCAUGCUCGUCUUUCAGUGUGCUGUUGAGGGAAAUUAUAAAAGUGAAAACACUUUGUUAUAAGAAUGUUUUCAUGACUGAUUAUGGCAGAUUUGGCCCAUGUACCACGUGAAUAUAAUUGUAGUGCUCCUGAAA